AUAUUUUAAUAUAUUACAAAAUACAUUACAGCUUAAUUUUUUUUCAUAUAACUUAUUAAUUUUCAUAAAUAUUAUAAAUAAUAAUUGUGCAUGUAAAAAAAAAAUUAUUUUCGGCAAUAUGAAAUUUCUUAUAUUAUCAACAAAUGAAGACAUACAAUAUAUUGGGUUUUUCUAAUAACAUAAUAGGUUAUACAGCUUUUUAAACACCAAAAUCAAUUUUGAUGUACGAUUGAAAUUUCAUCAAACUUCAAAAUAUUCAAUUUUUUUUCGUCCAAUUUAUCUUUUAAAUUAUUAGCUUAUCAGAUUUAUAUUUCUUUUGCAAAUGUGUUAGUUUUAUAAUAAUAUAUGUAAUCUUAUAUAAGCUCUAUAAAAAUUUGAAGCAAUUUAUACUUUUACAAUAAUCACAUAUUUCUUAUAAUAUAAUAAAUGUUCACAAAAAAAAUCUGGAAUGAUUAUAUUUCAACAUGAAUCGUGAAAUCCAAUAGUCGAAUCGCUUUUUUGCAAAUUGUGGAAAAAAAUUGUAAAAGAAUUAUUUUUAAAAGAAUUACACACACACACACAAAUUCUUUGCGCAAUAAAUAUGUGAUAUAACAUUAUAACGUACAUUAUAACAAUUUAAAUAUUUCAAUUAGCGAUAUAUUAAUUAUCUGUGGGAAAUUAGUAGAUACGAGAUUGUAAAAUCGUCAUGUCGUAGUUUUUUUUUAAAUAGAUGCCUUUUUAAUCUAACUACGGUUAUUUGGCAUAAAACGAUUAGUAAUAAGUUUGUUUUCAAAUAUCCGAAAACUUGAUAAUUCGAUAAUAGUUUUCUGUAUUUUCUCGCGAGGUAUAAAACAAUACCAACAGUUGAAUAACACGCGCGCGCAUUUGUAGUUUCACGUUUCAUUAGCAAUUCAUUGUUAUGUAUUGAUAUUAUUACACUAUUUUGCGCAAACUAUGCUGAAACGAAUGGAAAGUUCGAGAGUUAGACGUAGUUGUAGAAUAAUAUAAUGAAUCCGAUCGAUUGUUAUCGAUGCGUGAACAAUCUCUUUGUAUGUGUCUUUCCUAGCCUUUUCACACGCUCGUAUUUUAUCGCACGCGUGAAGAUACGAAAUCGUUGAUAAAAAUCGCGCACGUCAAUGGAUGUGUAUAUAGGUUAUGUUAUAUUAAACUGUAAAGUGUGGAAAACGAUCCCUCCUCGCUGCCGUCACGAGUAGAGCAGGCCUUUGUUUGUCAAACAUUCCGCGCUCAUAGCAUCAUCAAAAAUUAAUCGACUUUUCGCGCGGCGUGGGAAACAGUAGAAUCGCCGAAUCCGCAGCGAUACACUCGCGAAUUCAGGGAUCUUUCAGCUUCCGGGAGGAGCUGCUCGUGUGCACCCCGGUCGCCAUUUUGCUUCCCCCGCACGUCUGACAUGUCUUUCUAAUGUUAUUAUCGAUGAAUGUUGAAAUUUGUGCGUGAAACUAUUUCGUGCUUCAUUGUUCGAGGAAAGCGAGUUUAUCUCGAGAAAAAAAAAAAGAUCGUGCCGCGCGUGCCUGAUCGACGAGACAUCUUUGUUGGGAACGAUUUCCGUUGUCGUCCCAACCUCAGCUCAUCACGGAACUGAUACAGGUGUAACCCCGCGAUAAUAACGAUCAUCGUGAUUGAAUCCGUCGCCGAGCGUGAAUAUGCUGGGAGACUCGUACGAGGGAUACUUCUAUCCACGUCGCUGAAGGACCCCGGUCACUGGAUUAUAUCCUAUGCACAGUAUAUUGUUGUCGAUGUAACGAGCUAACCUAACCAAAAAAAAACGCUCAUCGUUCAUCAAAGCGACGUCGCGUGUGUGUGCUUGUGUCAACAGUGAAGAGAUCUCGCUUGAUGAUAUGGCUCCGGUCACGCGUCUGAGAUCAACGAAAGGCAGAGAUCUGGCAGUAUUCACCGUCCCGAUGUCUGUUCGAUGCGCGAUGCAGUUGCUCAAGCAUGCUUAGGGCAUAUUGGAUAUAGGCUACUACUAUUAUGAGAGAAUGCAGGUGGAACAGAUCUGGACAGUAGCAGCAAUCAAUGAAGGUCCCUAUUUCCGAAAACUCAAACAUGGACAAUAAAUUGAAGUUUUCGGACCGCUUGAAGGCUUUGCUGAAAACUGAGGCUCAUCAAGAUGUUGAUCCGUACAUUUUCAGUGAACCAGAACCAUUUGCUACAGGAAGAAAUGCCGCCACGGUGGUUCCAUCUACAAAUUCCGAAGUAAUGCAAAGUUGUAAAAACAAUAAGUCGAAAGGGAAAUGCGUAAAGCAGAGAAUAAGGAUAGCGCCUGUACCAAAUACAGGCUAUAAGACUGUUGGAGUUAAUGCUACGACAGAAACAAAUAUUGAAGAUGGUAACAGGGAGACUUUGGAUCAGAAAUUUUCUAAUAUAGUUCAACAUAAACAGCGACGUAUUGAAAAUGUGCAAAGAUUAAAAUCUAGAAAGCAAAGUCGGGACCAUACUCUGUUAUACUAUCCUAAAGCUGGGGAUGAGAUAUUCGACAGCGAUUCGAGUGAAGAUGAAAUGACAAUUUAUCAGCGUCAUUGGUUCUCCGGCGAAACCGUUACAACGCUAAAUCGUGCAGCCCGGUUAUCUCAACUACGUUCGCAAUUACAACGACAAUUACUUCAAUUACGUAUUAAUGGAACUGAUACUGAAACUGUGCUACGGCAGAGGGUUCGAUGUUUAUUGGAGGCUGCUUUCAUAGAUCCUGCUUCUACAGCAAGAGCAUUGAGCGAAUCUCCAAGUAAGAGUAAGGCGCUCGAUGGACCGCUGUUAGUUGGUGGACCAUGCGGAGCGGAAGGAUGUCAACAGACAUCUUUGCCUUGUACUCGGCAUUGUUCCCGCCAUAUUAUGUUAAAUGGAGAUCAGCUUUUAUUUGAGCAUUGCACUGCCAAGUUUAGUGACAACACACAGUGUUGUAUUCCUGUGUUUGAUGUCGCGCACGAAUUACCUCUUUGUCCAGAACACGCAAGAAAAAGAGACAAUUAUCACCGUAAAAUCCAAGAGUCUAAACCAAAGAAAGCACGUAAGAAGCCAGCUUCCCCCACCAUCCCAGCAAGGCCUAAACCUAAAUCUAAGCCGAAGAAACGCAAACGGCCGCCCUCGAACAAACUAGAGACUAAAGGAGUAGCAUUGAUGCAUGAGGAGAGUCAUUACAUGAACCAAAUAAAUUGUAGUGAAAAUCAUACCAAGACAUUAAAUAACUUGAAUGUUCCGCAAGGAAGUUCAAAUUCGUCUAACUUAAAUCUAGGAUUGGGAUUAGGCUCUCUUGGGGGACUGAGUGGAGGCCUUAAAGUCGAACUUGGAGAUAAUGAAGUAUUCGCUUCUUUGGAUUCUGCUGAACAUGACUUUGGCACUGUGCUCAAUAACUUGCCUCCAGAUGCUUUUAACGACUUGUUUAUCGAGGGUAGAAAUGGAGAUUACGAACCAUCUAGAGAAGAAGAGGAGGAAUUACAACGGGCUUUGGAAGAAGUUGAUAAAGAUGUACGAAAUUUGGAGAGAAUGGGGCAAACGCAUGGACUUUUAGAGCCGGCUUUGCUCGCUCAGCUUAUGUCAGAUAUAGCCUCGUAGCCCCACUAAUUCUAAUAUAAUAAUUUUUGAAAAUAAGUUCGCGUGUGUUCCUUGUAACGUAGAAAAGAAGUACUGUUUGUGUCUGUGCUGCUAAACAUAAGAUUGCGUUAUAGACUAUUAUUACAUAGCCACGCAAGUCCGAGAUAAUGGCAGGGAUUGACAUACAGAAAGUAACAAAAAAAAGAGAGAAAAAAACAAUAGCAAAUUUAUAAAUUUAGCAUAAACAACAUAUUGGGUACAAUACCACGGGUAGAUUUAUGUCGAACGAGUAGGAAUGUAAAAACCAAGAAUUCCAUCCUUUUUGACAAAUAAUCGCGGACAUUUUGCGUCAUCAUCAUAAUACCUGCUAUAUAUUUGUAGCUUAUUUGCAGAUAUUUUAACUUGCACUUUAAAAAUUUGCUUAGAAAAAUUGUAGCUGUAAUUAUAAUACAUGCAAUCAUUUUUGAGAGUACAGAGUGUAUGAAAAGAAGAGAAGAAAAUAGACAAAUGUCAUAUAAAUGAUUCAGACUAAAUUCCAACACACAUGAAUUAAAUAAGAAAAUAGUUAUCAUUUUUAUAUAUGAUUUAUUUUUAUUAAAACAAAAAGCAGAAUUAUCUAAAUUAUCUUAUUAAUAGCUCCCAUAUUUAUUGAACUACAUAUAAUGUUUAGCUAAUUACUGAUUACUCAAAUAAUAGGUACAAAGGUAUUUUUAUGACUGAUUUAUAAUAAUUUUAUCUGUUAUUGAUUAUACCAUGCUACAAUUGUGAAAAAAAUAUUUUGGUUUACAAACCGCAUAUCUGUGGUUUAUCACAGACUUCAGCUAUCAAUUCAAUAAAAUUGGACAUACAAAUGAUGUAAUAAAUGAAGAAGAAAUAUUUGGUGUUUAGAUAUAACAUUGUAUAUAUAUAUAUAUAUAUAUAUUUCAUUAUUACAGUGAAUAAUUCUGUAAUAGAAUUACAUUAAAAGAAUGAAAAUUGGGAUUUUCUUAAGAGAGAUGGAGAUUUGCAGCUAAUGUGGAAAAAUGGAUGAUUCUCGAUUGGAAUAUCUUAUGCAAUAUCAUAUAUUGAGAAUACUAUAUCUGAAUCUGAUUUAACUAAAAUAUAUUUAAAUACAUUUUUUCACACACACAAUUUAUAAUUCUCAUAAAACUAUGUGCAUAGAAUAUUUAUACAAACAUAUGACUGAAUUUAUAAAAAAAUAUACAUAUGUCUACAUAAAUAUAUAUAAUAUACACAUACAUACAUAUAUGUAUAUAUACGUACAAAUAAUUACAUGUUCUUUUUUUAUUAUUUGAUCUACAGUAGCAUAACUAAAUAACUACAGUUAUUAAAUAUGAUUAUUGAAUCAUGUUCUAUAUAUAAUGAUAUGUGCAUAAUCAAUAUUGUCGCUCUCUCUUUGUCACAUUCUGUAUUAUAUUCAUGUAGACAAAUGUUCAGUGAAUGAGUAAUUGUACUAUUUAAGUGAGAUGCAAACUAGCGAAAAGUGCCGAAAAAAAUUUCAUUUUUCAACCUUGUUAAUUGUGCGACACAUGCUUUGCAACUUUAGUGAAAAAAUGAUACGCUAUGUAAAGUAUUAGCUCAGUAAAGAAAAUAUUGUGAUCACAUGUAUAUUUCAAAGAAAUACUUUUCAGAAUAAUUGUUUGAGGAGAGAAUUUUUUACGAGAUAUAGAGGCACGGAUUCUGAAAGUAAAACUAGAUUGGUGUGAAACAUCACAUUGGAUGGCUGAAUCAUUUACUGCCAUUUGAUUUCUAAAGUAUCGCAUGUGCAUAGCAGUAAAUUGUUAUAACUCCGUACGUAAUAGUUGUAAAAUGGACAAAAUGCGCAUACAUAUAAUAUGGAUAAUCAUAACUUUAAUACAUAUCGUAAAGCGUGAAAAAAGACGAUGAGAUACUCGUGAGUGUCGUGUAUUACGAAAGCUAACUACCGUUAAAAUAAAGAACAAUGAAAAGCAUUUGUUAUACACGGAUAUGUGUGUGCAAUAACAGAUUAAAUUUUUGAAAUCUAGUUUUUAUUAUCAAAAUCGCUGUGCCAAAUAAUGAAAUAUAAUUUUCUUCUUUUUUUCUUAUGUUACGAUAAUGUAUCACUUAUUCAAACAAAACGGGUCGUAUAAGAACAAAGCGUACUUCAAAUGAUGACUAUUCAGCUAAAUAUCAGCGAUUAUAUAAAAGGCACAAAAAACAAGUUUAUCACAUGUAAAUGCAAAUGGAAACAAAAUAAUUUACAGGUCGAUCGAAGGAGGAUUAAAUUAAUGUCGUAUAUAUAUAUAGUGUAUUGUUACUACAUAUAAUAGUAGUAAGUAGAGAUACAAUAAUUAUUUAUGGACAAAGGACAAUGCCGAAUUUAAUCGUAACAUAAGAGCAUUGCUUAAAAUGUAUAUGUGUAUCUUCUUGUAAAAUAGCAGCAUUACUCUUGAUUAGGUAUCACUAAUUAUAUUAAGCAUAUUUUUUA